AAAUUUUGUUUAAGCACAUCACAGCUUGUUUACAUAAAAUGGUAAUCGAUAUCAUACAUUUGGCUGUAUAAAGUUAUAAAGCUCGCACUGCUUAGUGCAUCGGACAGCUACUUGGUUACUAAAUCAAAGGCGAAACAGAAACGCACAUGAACGAAUAGCUAUGGCGAAAAAAGGCAGGAUUCAAUUGCUUUCUCUCGCAGUCAUCAUUGAAAUUAUAUUUCUUGGCAAAGUUACACAAGCAUUUUGUGCUAUGUCAAGCUAUAAUCUAAAUGCUGACCUCACUCGAGCUGUAGUUCGUUCGUCGGACUAUUUAAAACAAUCGUACAUGAAGAUCAAAAGUACGAGUAAGUUGUCUCUGCGCCCAUACAACGCGGCAUACAUGUUUGCCACACUCCGAAUAGCGGGCCACACUCCAGACACGUUGCUUUCGAACUUCAAAAAUGGUGAAGGAGAGUCGAUCAAUGAGACAUUGAAAUCCUACCUUGAUUCAAUUCAAAGCAACCACGGAAAUCUGUCCAGUAUCCCCGUCCCUCGACUUGCUCUCAUCACCCAAGGCGUCAUCGCUAUUUGUGAGGAUCCAGAGAACUUUUACGGCUACAAUCUAACCCAGUAUCUUCUAGAAGGAUUCCCUAGUUUUCCAAAGUCGCCUGGUUUCAACAAUUUGUUUGGUUACAGUUUAGCUGUUAUCGCCUUGUGCAACUCGGGGAAGCAACCUCCUCAGUAUGUCGUACAUCAACUAAUGAAUGCAGCUAGCAGCCAGAUUCAUGGUGUAGAUACGGAUGCAUUGAUUUUAACAGCUUUAUCGUGCUUAUCGAGUAAGAACUUAUCUAGGAGUAAAAGGUGGUGGUUGUUUUGGAGAAAGCUUCGCCUAGCAAGAAGUCUUCUCUUAAAUCAAAAUAAAACAACUGGAGGUUUUGGUAACCAAUAUUCGUCUGCUUUAGCCAUUCAGGCUCUUCGGGCAUCUGGCGUUCAUACGAUACUUUUCCGCUGCAAUAAAGCAAUGAAACACAUACUUUCGUUUCAAAAAGAAGAUGGCUCGUUUGGCAAUCUGUUAGCAAAUAUCCAAGUUACCCCUGCGCUUCUGGGCGAGUCUUUGAUCAGUCUGAAGAAUUUACCCUGUCCUCCAAAACCAACAAGCCCGCCACCCACAAAGUUAAUUACAGUUACUACCAAGUUGGUCUUCAAUGUCACAAAUCUAACUAGAGCCGAACCUCCUGUCACAGUGAAAAUGCCCCAGGGUGCAACAGCUGCAAAGGUCCUGGACCUUGCAGCACAACAAAACCACUGUUACUUACCGACAUAUGGGAAAUUUUCGAUUGGUCGUUAUAUUGUCAGUAUUUGUGGAGUGGCCCAGGAUAACGCAAAACGACAAUACUGGAUUAUUUAUGUAAACGGUGCACCUGCCCAAUAUGGUGUUGAUGAUCUCAUUCCAAACAACGGAGAUCGAAUUACAUUUAAAUACGUUAAAAUGAAUGUUGUCAGUGUACAACUUUUCAUUGAAGAGCCUGGCCCUGUACGCAGCGUGCCUGCUGUCAUUGUCAAUGCAAGCGAAGGUUCUACGGCAAAGACAGUUUUGGACAUGGCUGGAAAACAAAAUCCGAGCUACGUUGCAACAUAUAAACAAGAGGAUCUUGGUGAUUUCAUUACGAGCAUUGAUGGGGUGUAUAACGAUCAGGAAAAACGGUAUUCCUGGUUCAUAUACAUAAAUGAUAAAGAAGCCGAAGUUGGUGUUGAUGAUUUGAAGCCAAAGGAUCAAGAUUUUCUUUCAUUUAAAUAUCGUAAAUAUACACCGUCAUGAGGAAAAUGAAUUCGCAGACAAUCUGACUUUCAGGCGACUUGCACAUUUUCACGAACAAUUUUCACACGCACAACUAUAAAUGUUGGCAGGAAUUGCUAUUGUAUAUACCGUAUAAAAAGUAAAAUUUACACGUAUAGCGAUUGAAGUUUGCUAAACUCAAAUAAACUGCGUCAGAGCCAUUCCAUA